UUGCGUACGUACCAGUACAAGGCCCUCCUAGCGCACGCAAAAACAAACAGUGUCACGCUCUUCAUUAAGGAAGCAGAACGUUGGGCUGCUGAAUGGGAUGAGAAGGCUACUGCUUCAAAUUUUGUUAAACCGCCAUUUUUCGGCAUUCCAAUAAGUCUGAAGGAGUGUAUUCCUCUGGAAGGGUACGACGCAACUCGCGGCUACGUACAGGACGUUGGGAAGCCAUCGAAAUCCGAUCCGGUGCUCAUUCAACAAAUUAAGCAACUGGGUGCAACGAAUACACCUAUGGACAAAACGCGAACCUCCGGUGGUUCCUCAGGCGGUGAAGCGGCGCUUCUGGCCGCAGACGGCUCUAUUAUCGGAAUUGGAGGCGACGUUGGUGGUUCCAUCAGGAUCCCAUGUCAUUUUACGGGAAUGGCCGGUAUUAAG